AUGGCAUCCGGUCCCUCUCCAGCCUCGUCGACCCAGAGCGACUCCACCACUGUCUCCCUCGAGGAACUCACCAACAGCCUUGAACAGAUCAUCCGCGAUGUACACAGUGCGCUUAAUGCACGCAUGCUUGAUCGGGACCGAUAUCCGUGGUCAGUGUUUCUGGAGGAGUUCCGAUGCGAGGCCGCGUAUACCGUGAAGUACACGACAUCGAUACAAGACUAUCUCGAAGAUGUGGGCGGGCUAUUCAAACGUAACCCAAGCCUUCGAUAUGAGAUCGAAGAAAUCAGCACCCAUGUUUCCCGCAACGCGAUGCGGGCUGAAUUGUUCAUGAACCAUCUCACGGCCGGCUGGCCGAUGGAUCUAGUCAGACGAAGUGUUGGUAUUGCAUCUUUUCGGCUGAUCAACGACGUAUGGCGUAUUGCCAGCUUCAAGCAGGCUCCGGGAUAUGCGCCAAUGUAA